AUGUCAUAUAGUUCCGAUAAGAGAAUAUGCUGUUUACUAACGGAGAUCCCAAACACAACGUGUCACAGCACAAGCGUUCCUGAUCCUCUUGAUACAUGUGGUGCUCUGUUUCCAAACACUGUGCUUCGAGUUGCGAGCUGGCUUAUUGGGCUCUCUGCUCUCGUUGGUAAUUUUGCAGUUAUCAUCCUGCGUUUGAGGGACGGGAAUUUACGGAGCACGGUUGUCCAAAAUAAUUUCAUGAUCGGCUUGGCAGUUGCCGAUGGACUGAUGGGAUUGUACAUGUUGAUUAUUUCUUCAGCAGACAUAUAUUACGGUGGAAUUUAUUUCUUGAGCGCGCAGCAGUGGCGUGAAUCUCCUAUUUGUAAUUUUGCUGGGUUUUUAGGGUUCGUAUCAAGCGAAUCAUCCGUUUUUAUGUUAAUGCUUAUUACAGUAGACAGAUUGAUAUGUAUCCUAAAUCCAUUUUCGCAUAUUAAAAUCAAGAAAUCUUCAUCUUUCUGCCUAAUCUGUGCAACAUGUAAAAAGAAUGUCACCAAUGAGCAACAACAGCAAGCGCGUAUGCUCAAACUACAACCGUUACAAAAAUGUGUGAAACAGAACGAAGACAUGCCUGGGGAAGGUCCACAGCGAUAA